AUGCAAACCUCAUCUAUUGUUCCUACUGCAGAAGCAUGGGGAAGAUAUUGGCCACAAAUAAUCGUCACAAUAAUUGCUAUUAUUCAACUAAUUCUUUCUUUGAUCGCUGUUGGUCUACAUAGCGGUAUUGUAUAUAUUGAGAUCGCUAUUUUUUGUGCUUCUGCAAGCUCAAAGCAUGUUAUGGGCUAUAUCUGUUGGCUCUUCUUCACAGCCAGUUGGAUUGCAACCUGCUGUAUUACAUGUUGUAAUCGUUCAUCGAUUUGCUGCGCGACCUAUGCUCUCGCUCAAAACGUUGCCGCAUUCAUAUUCUCAGCUGUACUCAUUGAUUACUGUAGGAAGUUCCUCGUCGAUGAAUUCGAUAUUGGCAGUUCCAGUAGUUCCUCCUAUUGUAGCUACAGUUCAACAACUAAUUACAUCAGUCAAUUGAAUACUUUGACAUCAUUAGACAAGAGUUUACUUGCUAUUGCCGUUCUAAUUCUUUUGUCAACUUUAGCUUUUGCCGGUAUUUACAUAUAUACUUUCAUCAGAGUAUGUCUAUCGAAUCGAACCAACACAAAUUCUCGAUUAUACGCGGAACCGAUGGCUCCAAGAUUUCCACCUAAUCCAAGACCGUUUAAUGACGUGUACCAACAAAACCCGGCUGUUUAUAUGAACCAACCAGUCUUGUGUGCUAAAUGUAGGCAGUCAGCAUUCUAA